CAGGAAGAGCUACACAAUCUGCUGCCACUGCUCAAGCAUUGUGCUCCUGAAGUAACAAAGCAACAAACAACAAAAGGUCCUGAAUGUGUUAUUUGAAAACAGAACUUCGUCAAUUGAAGGCACGUAACGUGGUUCGACCAGCUUGUACAAAUGGUGGUGUUUGUUCAUUAUUGUUGUCGCUACCGAAGAAGCUUUUACGAAUGGGAUGAAACAAAUGUUUUUUGAAAACUCUGCUAAACGCCUGUGACUCAACAACUGUAGCUGCUGUGCUGAAUUUGCUCCAGAUAAUGCUUCCGCUCUGGAACUAUACGGUCUGAAACUGAACAACCGCGUAUACACAGAGAAUUGCCACAAGCAGGGACUCAUUAUGGAGAAAACGAAAGAUAAAGACAAAAUAGAGGAAAGGUCCAGAGUGCCAAGGAGCGGUGGACGAAGUGCCCACAAUUCUGGCGUUUUAAUGGUUGGACCCAACUUCAGAGUUGGGAAAAAGAUAGGGUGUGGAAAUUUUGGAGAACUUAGAUUAGGUAAAAAUUUGUACACAAAUGAAUACGUGGCAAUUAAGCUGGAACCUAUGAAGUCCAGAGCACCACAACUUCACCUGGAAUAUCGAUUCUACAAACAGCUGGGAUCUGGAGAUGGAGUUCCUCAGGUUUACUAUUUUGGGCCAUGUGGAAAAUACAAUGCUAUGGUGCUUGAAUUACUAGGACCUAGUUUGGAAGACUUGUUUGAUCUUUGUGACAGAACAUUUUCCCUGAAGACUGUGCUUAUGAUUGCUAUUCAACUGAUUUCCCGAAUGGAAUAUGUCCACUCAAAGAACUUGAUAUACAGAGAUGUAAAGCCUGAAAACUUCUUGGUGGGACGACCGGGGAGCAAAAAUCAGAAUGUAAUUCACAUAAUAGAUUUUGGCCUUGCUAAGGAAUACAUAGACCCAGAGACAAAAAAACACAUCCCUUACAGAGAACACAAGAGCCUUACUGGAACGGCAAGAUACAUGAGUAUAAACACGCAUUUAGGAAAAGAACAAAGUAGAAGAGAUGAUCUGGAAGCAUUAGGUCACAUGUUCAUGUAUUUCCUCCGAGGCAGUCUUCCUUGGCAAGGCUUAAAGGCGGACACAUUAAAAGAAAGAUAUCAGAAGAUCGGGGACACGAAGCGAGCAACGCCGGUUGAAGUGUUGUGUGAAAAUUUUCCAGAAGAAAUGUCUACCUACUUACGCUAUGUGAGAAGAUUGGACUUCUUCGAGAAGCCAGACUAUGACUAUCUAAAGAAACUCUUCACAGACCUAUUCGAUCGGAAAGGUUACAUGUUCGAUUAUGAAUAUGACUGGUUCGGCAAGCAGCUUCCCACACCAGUUGGUUCGAUUCAUCCAGAUACUGCUCUGGCAGCAGUGAACCGAGAUUCCCAUCAGCACAGGGAUAAAAUGCAGCAAACCAAACAUCAGUCGUCAGACCACAGGGGAGCGUGGGACGCUCAGUGCAAUCAGCAGGCCAAUCCCCAACACUUGCGAGCUCACCUGGCAGCUGACAGACAUGGUGGCUCGGUACAGGUGGUUAGUUCCACGAAUGGAGAACUGAAUACAGACGACCCAACAGCAGGACACUCCAAUGCACCCAUCACAGCCCCAGCUGAAGUGGAAGUUAUGGAUGAAACAAACUGCCAGAAAGUUUUGAACAUGUGGUGCUGCUGCUUCUUCAAGCGGAGAAAAAGGAAAACUAUUCAGCGCCACAAAUGACUCUGGAAAAAGUCUGAUCAUGGAGAGUUACUUACUUGUUCAUCUGCUGUCUCAUAAACAAGAAACCAAUCAUCUCUGCAGUGACAACAGACUUUCUCAAAGGACUUUCCUUCUGUUUUUUGCCCAGUGAUUUGGGUAGUUGUCUUAUGUGGGUAAUUUGUUUUUAUUUCAUCAGUCUUCAUCUUGGAAACUUUAUGCUUCAUCAGAAAUCUGUAUGUUCAUGUUUUGAAGUUGACCGAAGGACCUCUCUCUCGUUGGAUAAUUUACGAAACAGAAACUCUUUAAGAAUUACUUCAACCAAAAUCAAGUUGCUAUUUUCAGCAAAAAAGGAAGGGUCAGUCUGGUUCCAGCAUGUGGAGGGCAUAAAUGUUGUACGGUGCUUGGUGAUGAGAUCAAGAUCGACUGUGGCAAGUCAGAAAUUAAUUUAGUCUACCCUGGAGUUGUGGUAAACAGAUCUGUAGUAGUUGCAAAGGCAGGUCUUCUGUCAAGUGGAAGGCCCCAGAAAACAUUAAUCGAAGUCCUAACAAAUGAAGAAACUUUUUUUUAAACAAACACACAAAACAUUAUACCCUGAAUUCUACUUUAACCCUUCAUUUGUCUUGAUUGGAAAACAUCUGCACUGAUUUUCAGUAUUAAAUGUUACUGUUGUCUUUACCCGUCUUUGAAGAAGUCACUGUCCAGAGGUACUGUGGAAGGAAUUGGAUGGAUUCAGCAGGUGGUCGUUCAAGGCUGCUGCACGAUUACAAUAUACACAGCACGAGACAGCUGUAGACGUUCAAGUGUGAAAACAAUACCUGCUUUAUUUUACCUCCCAACGGAGAAACAAUGUAGUAGAAAGGGCAGCAUGUGCUUAAUGUAUUAUGACAUGUUUGUAAAAAGUAAACCGUGCUUCCUGAUGUAUUGUUUGGACAGGUUGAUGCUGAAUGUCCUGAGAGUUAGUGGAGUGCAGGGAUGGGGGGCGGGGGGUGCAGGAUGGUCUAGUCACACGAUUGGAAUGUAUUAUGGGGUGAGGCAUGUGGAUGUGAAGUAAAAGCUUUGAAGGUGAUAACAAUACAAAAGGUAUCUGGAAGAAAUUAAUCAACAGACCAAAUGUUUUGGCCUAACUGGGUUCUGUCGAGUUCUGGACACUUUUUAAUGAAUGCAUCCUCUGUUUGCCAGAUGACUUGGAAGUCCCAUGCCUAACUUAUAAAAUAAUGUUUUGAUGGAAAGCUAAAGUAAGAAUGUGAAAUAAAUGGGUCAGAUAAUGUUGCCUUUUGCAUUUAAUUGCUGUGGUAUCCAAACUGUGCAGUUGUUUGUGUGGAACAUUCCUUCCGUAUUGUAAUCACAGCUGUUCAGAGGCUUCAUGUUGGAGAUGGGUCAGGUACUUUUCCCAUAAACCCCUUGAAGUGCCUGCGUUUUGAACAAACCAGCUGUUCUACAAAGCAUCUCAUUCCGUUUUCCAUCCUGUGCUCAGCGAUCUGUUCCGUUUAAAGACAUCACUGGGAUUUCCAAGAUUGUGUAGCAUUUAUCAUCUGUUUUAUACAGUGUUUUUAGUUUCAAGAUCAUCUUACGCUGGAUAUUCUUGAUAUCUUUUUGAUUGACAACCUCAAGAACCGGAUUACGUCUCAUGCAAUGUAUUAAAUUUUAAAAUAUAUAUAUAUGUGUUGUAUGAGCACCUCUUCACGUGUGGGUUAAAAAGACUGGAAAACAAGGCAGAAAAAUAUUUCAACAUCAAACUUCAAACUGUAAUGGGCAGGAAAUCACCUCUGUGUCUGCAGUAUUUGACCAAAUCUUUUUUUUCCCCUAUCAUUGCAUAAUGUGUGUAAAUAAGUGCAGUAUGGUUUCUGUACCUCCAUAAAUUCAAACCACAUUAAAUUUACUUUCAUUGGUAGUUUUUUUUUGCCUGUACAGUACAGUAUAUACAACAUGGAGUUGCCACUGAUAGCAAGGAAAAGUGUGUUGUAUAUUGAUGUAAUUAUGGAUUGUAAUCUUCACAGGACGAAUCAACCACUUUUCGUUUGCUACGACGAAGACCAGUGCAUUUACACAAGCUUAUCGGCAAUAUUCUAAGAGCUGUAUUUUAUGUCGAGGAAGAGGUUCCUUUCUAGCGAUGCCUACUGGUCAGGGUUGGAAAACGCAGCAAUGUUCCGUUUAGGCCAGCAGUUUUGCGCAGUCAUCGCUUUUCGGUCAAUUCUAAUAAAGUGAACUCUGCCUGACUGUAUGAGUGAUGUAAUACAUCCCCGUUUCCCAAUAUGUAACGGAAAAAAAUAAAGUAGUUUUUUU